AUGUCUGGCUUUAGCAACGCGGAUACCGGCUCCAAGACGGCCGAUCCCUACACGCAGAAGAACCUUGAGGAGCCCUCCCUCAAGGAGAAGUGCGAGGACCUACUCAACUUCGUCGACAAGACCAAGUUCUGCCUGUUGACCACACAGGCUGCUGACAGCGACCUCCUGGCCUCAAGAGCUAUGGCUCUGGCUGCCAAGGAGGGCCACGGCUUCGACCUCCUCUUCCACACCAACACCGAGUCUGGCAAGACAGAUGACCUCAAGGAACACAAGUCUGUCAACAUUGGCUUCAUCAACAGCUCUGGCGAAUGGGCAUCCAUUUCUGGUCAUGCCUCUAUUGAGACUGACCGCGAGGUCGUGCGUAAGCACUACUCCCCCGCGCUCAAGGCGUGGAUCGGCGACCUUGGUGAUGGCAAACACGACGGUGGACCCGAGGACCCCCGUAUCGGCAUCAUCCGCGUCAAGGCCAGCACCGCACAAUACGCUGUAUCCAAGCGAACACAGAUUGGCGGAUUGGUUGAGUUGGCAAAGGGCAUUGCGACUGGGGAGGCACCAAGCGUAAACAAGCUAAGGCAUCUCGACGAGGCGGAGAUUCAGCAGUACAGGUCGCAGUAG